AUGGCAGUUUAUUCACUUCUCCGCCUCCUUUUCUUCUUCAUCUUCUUCAUAAUAUUUGUCGAUGGCCAAUGCCUUGAUGGACAAAAAAAGUUGUUACUUGAUCUCAGGAGCGAAUUCGAAUAUAAUUCAUCCAUUCCACCUAGUUUUGUGGAUUGGAAUGAGACAGCUGAUUGUUGCGGAUGGUUAGGCAUAGAAUGUGAUGACAUCGGUCGGGUCACCAGUUUGAGCCUCUACAGCGAGGGCGUCUCCGGGGAAAUUAGUGAGUCAUCCCUUUUCCGGUUGGCAAACUUAUCGAAGCUUGACCUCUCAAACAAUGAUUUCAGCAAAAGUGAGAUACCUAACCAAUUCCAUCGCCUCCCAAAUUUGGCAAACCUUGAUUUGUCAAACUCUGGUUUCAUGGGACCAAUUCCAUCCACACUGGCUAAUCUAACAGAGCUAGUUGAGCUGGAUCUAUCGAGUAACUUCCUAACAGGGUUUAGUCCAACUUCUGGGUUGGAUCUUGUGAUUGGAGGUUUCUUCUGGGGCUACGUGGUUGUGCACUCGGUGAAACUGAGGUUUCUGUUCCCUGAGUACAUUUCGACUGGUUCUCACUUUGUGACUUGUGGUAGAAUCGUGUGGGGAGGUCCUUGGCCUAGUGCAGUCACCGUUGUGCUUAAUCGGAUCAAGCUUGAGGAGUCUAGCCUGGUGGAAGGCUUGACCAGGUUGCUUGUUGUGCUCUCUGGGUUAAUGAAAAUGAAGUGUGUUUUAAUUCGGCAAAAAGUUUUCAAUUCUGUUGAGGGUAAUGUCCCUGAUUCUGAGCCUGAAGACAAGGCUGCUGAAAUGAAUGAAUUAGCUAGGUCUACUAUAAUACUUAACUUUUCUGAUUCUGUGAUUAGAAAGGUUGGUACCAUUGAGUCUGCCUUUGAGCUAUGGGAAAAGCUAGAUAAACCUCAAUAUAUUAAAAGGUAUGGUGACAAAACCAUUGAUGGGUAUACUAGCAUUGCCCUAAUGAAUGCUAUCCCUGAUUCUUAUAAUGAUGUUAAAGCUGCCAUUAAGUAUGGUAGGGAUUCUGCCCCCUUGAUUUAA